GCCGAACUCCAGUUUGUAAAGUUUUAUGUGGCGCUAAUGGACUGAUGGCUGGUGGACAAAAGUGGGAUUCUAUCUUCUUAGCCGCGUAGAUAACAGAUGGAUGACAUCAAUGUACUACACCACAGAUGCCUCCUGAAUCUGCGGCGUCGAAUCAGAGAUAUUGGGGAUGGACGCCCUGCGCAGGAACGAUACAUGAGGUUGCAGAAGGAUGGAGACACACUCAGUUACCAAGGGAACUCUGAAGAGGUGGGUUGCUAUGUGGCUGGCCAUCCUUUAUCAAAGGGAAAUUGCUACUUCGAGGUGACGAUAGUGGACACAGGGGUGAGGGGGACCAUUGCUGUGGGCCUGGUGCCUAAAUUCUACAGGCUGGACCACCAGCCUGGCUGGCUGCCAUACUCUGUAGCUUACCACGCUGACAACGGCAAGUUAUACAAUGGAAACCCUGUGGGGCAGCAGUUUGGGCCGAAAUGUGCUCGUGGUGACCGCAUUGGCUGUGGAAUACACUCAGAAAAUAUUGAAGCAGGUUUUACAACAGUCUUUUUCACAAAAAAUGGCAAAGAGGUGGGUUCAGUAGAGGUUCCUGUGUUGGCGGAGGGCCUGUUUCCCGCCGUGGGGAUGCACUCCAUGGGGGAGGAGGUGAAGGUUGACCUGCAGGCUGAGUGGUUCCUGGAGGAGGAUGAUAGCAUGAUGAUGGUUGACAGCCAUGAAGAUGACUGGGGUCGGCUUUAUGACGUCAGAGUGAGCGGCACGCUCUUGGAGUAUGUUGGCAAGGGAAAGAGCAUCAUGGACGUGGGUUUGGCCCAGGCCCGCCAGCCACUCACCACCCGCUGCCACUACUAUGAAGUGGAGAUCGUUGAUGCUGGGGAGAAGUGCUACAUCGCCCUGGGCCUGGCAAGAAGGGACUACCCCAGGAACAGACACCCGGGGUGGAGCCGAGGGUCAGUGGCCUACCACGCAGAUGACGGGAAGAUCUUCCACGGCAGCGGGGUUGGAGACGCUUUUGGUCCUCGCUGCUUUAAAGGCGACAUCAUGGGCUGCGGCAUCAUGUUCCCACGAGACUACAUCCUGGACGGCGAAGGUGACAUGGAGGACUGGGAUCAGCUGGAGGUCCAACCGGGUCACGCCGGCGUCCAGAACGUUCUGUACCUCAACGAUGAAGAGGAGGAGGAGGAGGAGGAGGAUGGGGAAGAGGUAGAGCAGGGACAGGGGGGAAGGAAGGUCACGGUGUUCUUCACGAGGAACGGGAAGCUGAUGGGCCGGAGGGAGAUGGCGGUGCCUCCCGGCGGCCUCUACCCCACUGUGGGGAUGCUGAGCAGCGGAGAGAAGGUGAAGGUGGAUUUACAUCCUCUCAGUGGAUGAGCUGAGAGUCUGGACUGGACUUGUGAUGCCCUGCAAACAGCUGGCUGCACUGUAGAGCUCACCCACGGUAGCCUAGCAUGCUGCUAACACUCUCCAGAACACACUCAGCUCAGCUGCACACAUGCACGUCGCUGUCGUCUUCCUCGACACUACCCCGGCUUUUAUUUAUAAGACUUGUACAUUUCACAAUCGUCACAGAGACACGACCGGGCCCUCCUCCUGGUUGUACAGUAGCAGAGAGGAGUGCUGCACAGGCUGUGUAGGUUACAGCGUGCAAAGUGCAGGAGUGGACGUCUCCUGAGGGACGUUUAACGGUUAAGUCUAUGCAAUCUGUACUGCUCUCAUCCUCUCGUUUAACCUCCUUGUGCAUGCAGAGUGUCUCUGAAACACUGAGCUGUUAAAUCCCGCUCGUGAGCUCUGGCACACUUGGUUUAUUUCAGUUGUCAGGACCCUAGGCAGAGCAGAGCGAGGCCAGCAGUUGUGCCGAGUCAGAGCCUUUUGGCAGUUUAUGUUUCAGGGAAUAGACCCUCUCUCUCUCUCUCUCUCUCUCUCUCUCUCUCUCUCUCUCUCUCUCUCCCUCUCUCCCUGCCUCCCUCUCCCUGUCCUCUCUCUGGGUGAGGCUGCCCUCCUGUGAGCGAUCAGGGACCUGCUGUUGCCUCACCUCGCUCGCUGCUCUCCUGGAGCUGGCUGGAAGUGAACAGUGGAUCUGAGUCAGUGAUUCGUUUUGGAUCUGAUUAUUGCAGGGGAUGGUUACGGGUUUGGUCUCCGCAGCCAAGCCUAAGAUUCUGUUUCCUGAGCAGCAUCAGAUCAGACGUUUCCUAAGAUCGGAUGGAUCUGUGCAUAUUUCUGAGUUUCGUGCCGGAGUCAGAGUAAAUGAAUGUGUCGGGUAUAUUUUCUACAAAGAAUCUGCAAAAUACACAUUUAAAUUGAUCUUCUGUGUCACAAGUUCAGGGAACGUGUUUUGCUUUAGCACUUUGAGAACAAGAAAAGGAGCCAGGGGAGAUUUUAAAGGAAGACAUGCGUACAGUGGGUGGACAAGAUAACAGACACACCUUCCAGUAUGAUACAGUCCAACCUAACAUCACAAACUACAGCCAUAAACAUAACCAUCGUGGUCAACAAACACCUCUGAAAGUAAAACCUACCUUUGCAAACCUCACACAGAAGCUUCAGGGCCAUCGAAUCGGACUGCAUCAUACUGUAAUGUGUUAUACUGUUAAUUUGUUCAUUUCUUUCUCCAAUUCUUUAUUUCAGUUUUCUUUUUUUUUCCCCGCCUGAUAUUUUUGCAGGCAGCUUAAAAGCUGCUGACGAGCCAAGAGACAGAAAAUAUCUGCUCAAAGUUCAGUUUCUUGCUGUUCCAGUCAGAAGAUAACUUCCUCUCUUUGACGCCAUAUGUGACGUAGAAUUAACUGCUUGAUUUUUUUUUUUUUUUUUUGAAGAUAAAAAUGAUGUUUGGUCGCUGCAUGUGCUUUUAUGAAAAAAAAAAAAAAGUGUGUGUGUGUGUGUGUGGCCACCAACACUUAGUGAUGUGUUUGUGUUUUGUCCAGCGUACGACAGCAGCACCAGGGGCCUGUAUCACAGACUGAAGUUAGAGGGGUUGUCCAGCUGUCUUUGGGUUUAACUCAGGGUUUCAUGGAGCUGGAUCGACACGGUGGCCUCUGCUGAACGGAGCUAAACCUGGUUAAAAUGGACCCAACUAACCAGCCAAUCAGAUCACUGGAAAGAUGGACCCAUCAGUCCAGUCCUUCAGAAAACAAUCAUGGGAACAGUUACUGAUUUUACAGCAACUGCGUGUUAUAAUGAACGACCGUCGCCGUGGAUUUCUUGCAAACUGCGCAUUAUUUAAUAUUUCUGCUUGAAAGAUGACAGAAACGAUGCACUGAUUAUCAUAACAGACGACAAUCAGCUAAUCGAUUUGAUCGAUUGAUCGACGAAGACUAACGAAUGGUGAUUAACAUUUCAACAGCUGUAAGUGUAAGUUCGACCUAAUGAACCAUUCGUCUCUGUUCUGUCUGAUCACAGGGUCAGCGGUUCAAUCCCUGACUCCUUCCGUCCUCGUGUCAGUGUCCUUGAGCAAGGCACUCAACCUCAGCUGUUCCACAUGGUCAGACCGAGGUGCGAGUGUGUGAGAGGUAAAUUGUCCAGUUCCCUGUCUUUUAUUUCAGCUCACUUACAGCCCUGGAUAAUUCCCACAUGUAUUUACUUUAUUUAUUUACUUGAUUGUUCAGAGAACUGCAGCGAUUCAGCUCUGCCCACGAUGGUUAAACGGGUUUUUAACACACGUGAACAAAUUUGCUCUGAAGUGGUUCAUGUGAGCGGUUUAAGAGAAUUCGUGGUGUCGACCAGUUUUCUCACAUUUCAGAUUUUCUCUAAGGCGAGAAUGGAAAUUACGAGCGGCCCAGACCAGUCGCAGAAAUCAUGAACAGACGAUCUGUUUUUUCUGAAGGAUCAUGAUACGAGUGAAGCGUUUGAAUAUGAUACUGAAAUGAACUUAAACUACAUCUGUAACUAUGACAAACUGCUCAACAUGGCACCAUCAUCAUGACUUGGCAACAAGCUCAGCAGCUCUGGCAGCUGCCUCAGUGUGUUUCCGCAGGUCUCUGCUGCGCUCGGCAGAGUAACACGAUAAUAACAUUCUGGAUCAGUAAGUAACGGUGAAGCAGGAUCACUGGUGUUAGACUCUGUUAAACAGGUGACCCAAAGAGAGUCGGAUCAAAGCUGAACUUUGUGAUACAGGCCCCAGAGCUAAAGCAGUCUACUGUGUAGGUGAAUGAGAAAUACUGUCUGGUUUGUCAUGUUGUGUUCGUGGGAGCUGGUUUCCGUACAGAUAAUAUGAUUAUUUUUUCUUCUCCUGUUCGUUUAAAGGGAAUGAUAUCGUUAUUAUUAUUAUUGUAAUGUAUCGGCUAAAUCGGUUAAACCAAAAUCCUCAUCAGAUUUAUUUCCUCUGCGUCUUUGCAUCUGUAUUUGUCCAUUGCAGCAUCAGCAGCCCUGUGACUUUGACGAACAUUCCUCUCUACCUUCUUUUAAGGUGCUCACAGCAGGUUUUCGUAGUGUUUUCGGCUUCUAGACAAACCACGUCAUUCGUUCACUAGGAUCCUGCAGACAGUAAUGCUAAGCGAUCACAUGCUGUAAAAUUACCACACAGGGUUUAACUGUUAAAUCACAUAUCUGCUGGAGAUGUUUGUAUGCUUGUUUUUAGCUGUUGUCGUGCAUUUGUUUUAGAGCCAUCGAUAGAUGUGUAAAAAAAAAACAAACAUGUAAAGUCUGUUUUUCUUCUCCUGCAGGGCUGGAUAGAGACUUAAGUCCAGGUUGUUACAGCCUGAACAGGUAAAACUUUUAAGCUAGACAGUGCAAAGAUAUUAAUGAGACACUGAUGUGGACGUUUCAGCCACAUCUAAGUUCAGGGUAUUAAAGUCACUUAUAUUUAAGUUUACUCAGAAUCUCAGUUUACAAAAAACAAAACAAAAAAAAAAAACCUUUCAACCAAAUUAGAGCUAAAUCUGGUUAAAUAUUUUGUAGCAUCUCCAGACUCACAGAGGACUC